AUGUUUCCCGCAGCAAUUCUCGCAGGUCUCUGCCUCAGCGCCUCUCAACUCUGGUCUACCACGGCCGCUCAACCCACCCCACAAGACAGCACCAGCUUCGACAUCUACCACAACGUCAGCGCUCUCUUCCCAAACUCCAAAAGCGACCUUUCGCGCUUCGACGUCGACGCCCGCUUCCACGGCUACAACUCCAGCGUCCAAUCAUGGAUGACAUCGCUCGACCCCUCAACCGGCUCCACCGACGAACAGAAAGCCGAACUGGUAACCGCCGCCGCCUACGCCAAACCCUAUGACCCCACGGACCCCGAAAUGGUGCAAGAUGUGCACGAUCUGCUCGCCGCAGUCAACGGCACCACCGCUGCUAUCACCACCCGCGACCUCGAGGUUCGGCAAGGCUCGCGUUUUAUUCUGGGGGCAGGCCAUGCGGUCGUCUGGGGUGCUUGCGCGACGUUCUAUUCAUGUAUCUCCGGAACGACGUGUGCGUUUGAUGUCAAGAUUGAUCAGGCGCCCCGCAGUCAGUGCCAGCAGGUUGCGCAGAGUAAUUGUUGUGUUAGCUGGAGUACGUAUAAAGUGCGAGCGGGGUUCUUCACUAGUACGUGGACGACGUGCGAUGAUGAGGUUAAGGCGCAGGGGAAGACUGAGGUGAGUUGUGAGGGGUAUGAUGGGAGUGGGAGCCAAGGAGGAGAUGUCUGUUUUAGUAAUCGGCCGAAUGGUUGUACCUAG